UGCACCGGCGUCGUCGUGGUCACCUUUGCGUCUUCGUUUGCAACGCGCAGGAAGUCGGCACGUUCCGUGCCGGUCAUCCUGCCGACACUUCCGUGCCGGCUUUUGCAAACAGCCCGCAAGUACAGGAACACGCAGCGAAUCGGAGGUGAGCUGUAAGGUAAAGUGAUGAGAACCACCUACGGGACUGUGCUCUUGUCCGUUAUUGUCGGCGCAAUGGCACAUGAGCAGUUCCUGCUAUUGCGACGCAGGAGAGGGGCUACGGUGACUACGACCACGCAACAAAAAGGCGCCGAGCCUCGGAACGUGAUGCGCAUCGAGGAAGGCGACGUCGCCUCGUUCACCUGCGCGGCUGCCAGCCACGAGCCGAUGCGCGUCGAGUGGCGACACAACGGCAGCCUCGUUCGGCACCCACCACCGGGAGACGAGAGGAACUCUUCGAAGUCGUCGCUUCGCGUCUGGCACGCUCCCUUGAGUUCCAUGUCCGGGGCCACGCUGACGCGCAGCCGCCUUCGGCUGACCAACGUCUCGGCGAACCACUCCGGCGAGUACGCCUGUCACUUCAGCGACGCCCUUGGAACACUUACACGCCGCAGCCAUCUCGUCGUGCAGCCCAAGACUCCUACCUCGCCUGAGCCUGAAGGAAGUCAGUGUAGACCUGAUAGGCAAUGCUCAGACACACGCAAGCUGUGUGAUGGCAAUGGUCCCUGCCAAUGCCCCGAUGGUUCCAUUUCGAAAAAAGGAGAGUGCCCAGCAGCUUACAAAGGUCCACACUUAGCGAGCAUCCUGGCCUGGGUUUCAAGCGUUGUUGCUGCUGCCGUCUUGCUCGCAGCGCUCGCUGUGCUGGCAAUGCGUAGAAUACGCAGGACGCCUGGAUCUACACUUCUCAAGAGCACCCCGGAUGACGAUGGCUUGGAGGAGCUAGACGUCUCGAGAAGAAAUUCCUUCAUCACCACGACGUUACCAGCAUCUUCCGAACAAGCGUAACCAUUAUGGUUGAACCGAAUCACUUGUGCAAGUUCCUUGUAUCGUCUGGCCUAUAGUGGAACUCCGAAUAAUUCUAUGCACUGACGACAAUCGCUUAGAACGUCUCGUUCGAUCUAGCUCGCUCCUUAAAAUAUUUAAAUUUAACAGUAGUGGCGGGGAUUGCUGAAAAAUUUUGGAUAAUGAAUCGACUAGCGUUCUAUUCGAUUCGGUAGUCAAACCAAAUAGCGCGUAAUCAAAAUACUGAUUUUUUUUUCUACCAGCAACGACGAAAGAUGUUCGAAUGAACGAGACAUUGAAACAAUGAGGGGUAAAUUUUCUUGGUUGUUCUCAUCACCAUAACCCAGAUGCGUGCAGCCCAUAUACAUACGAGACCGUCGAUGCUAUAUUUAACACAAGAAGAAGGCGCUUUCGUUUGAAACUUCAAUGUUGCCGAAGCGAUAGACAUAUAUCCACUCAUGACAUGACAUCACGAUGCAUCAGGUCACUACCAUGACAUUCAUGAAGUUUACUCAUAAAGCUCAUUUACUAUUUAUUUAUCAGUUUUAUUUAAAAGCAGUUCACAAAGUACCAUUUCGGAUACUGUUGUUACUGCUAUAUGUCAACCUGCAGUUAUAAAGUAUCUCAACGAGACAGCGUUCAAGAGCUCGUUUCACCGACAUUCCGGCGUCGGUGUCAGUGACGGCGUCGUUGGCUGUAAGCGAAAAAA